AUGCUGGUAUCCAACAGUUCAUAUGUGGCUCCAGAAUCUUUUAUUCUGGGUGGCAUUCCUGGUUUGGAAAGGGCACACAUUUGGAUCUCCCUUCCACUCUGUGCAAUGUAUAUUACCUCCCUUGUGGGUAACCUUGGCCUUGUGUAUCUCAUUCACUGUGAGGAGUCCUUACAUCGUCCAAUGUACUUCUUUCUGGCUAUGCUCUCCCUCGUUGACCUCUUCACUUGCACCACCACCCUACCCAGAGCACUGUGUAUUUUCUGGUUAAAUAUCAAGAAAAUUAACUUCAAUGCUUGCUUGGCCCAGAUGUUCUUUGUCCAUGGGUUCACAGGUGUGGAAUCUGGGGUGCUCAUGCUGAUGGCUCUGGACCGUUAUGUGGCAAUUUGCUACCCAUUGCGUUAUGCUACCAUCCUCACUAAUCCUGUCAUUGCCAAAGUGGGGCUUGCUACCUUCCUGAGGGGUGUGAUGCUGAUGAUUCCUUUCCCAUUCUUGGUCAAGCGUUUGCCCUUCUGCAAAAGCAAUAUUGUCUCCCAUACUUAUUGUGACCACAUGUCUGUGGUGAAGUUAUCCUGUGCCAGCAUCAAGGUCAAUGUCAUCUAUGGUCUGAUGGUUGCCCUCCUGAUUGGAGUGUUUGACAUCAGCUGUAUCUCUGUGUCUUACACUAUGAUCCUCCGAGCCGUCAUCAGCCUCUCAUCAGCAGAUGCCCGGCAGAAGGCCUUCAGCACUUGCACAGCACAUAUAUCUGCCAUCAUAAUCACCUAUGUUCCAGCAUUCUUUACUUUCUUUACCCACCGUUUUGGGGAACACACUAUCCCCCCUCCUCUUCACAUUAUUGUGGCUAACCUCUAUUUGCUUCUUCCCCCAACUCUGAACCCCAUUGUUUAUGGGGUGAAGACAAAACAGAUCCGAGAAAGUGUUAUAAAGUUCUUCCAGGGUGAGAAAGGAUCAAGUUGA